CUGAUUCAGUAGUAUCAACAGCAUCGGUCAACGAUUUCAAAGAGAAGUUGGAUUUCUGCAGAGAUAUAUUUUGCAAAGAUUAACACAGGCCACAAUAGCUUACUGUCCUUAUCAUCUGAUUCUGAAAGAGUUGUGUUUUGUGGCGCCAAUUAAGAAGCUUUACGUUAUGCCUUCUGAUGACAGAUUCUGGACAGUCAACUUGCAUUAAGUUCGUUGAUAAGACCGCAAAACCAAUGUUCGGCAAGAUAUUUGACUGCUCAAACUCAUGUACAACUCACUCAGUCAGGAAGAUAUUAUCUGCUGCAGAGAAGCGUAGUCGAUACUUUCGUCGGCUGGCUCAUGUUGGGCAUAUGGACUUUGAGUAUGCUAUUUGGCAAAUGUGGCAGCUGUUUGUUGGACCACAGCGUGUUUUUAGAAAUUUUAAAUACCGUUCACGGCAACAGUGGGCCAGAGAUGACCCAGCCUUUCUAGUGCUGAUGAUGGGCUUUCUUGUGUUUACCUCAUUGGGUUUUGCUGUCUGCAUGUCUUUAAACGUGCUUCAAGCAUUUGAGUUUGUGUUGUGGGUUGUUUUCGUCGACUUCAUUUCAAUCAGCUUACUACAGGCAACAUUCCUUUGGAUCAUUACAAACCACUUCUUUAUCGAUUUAUCAAGAGCUCGUUCUUUGCAACUUACUGCACUGGCAUCCGAUACUGAAAACAAUCCAGAAGUUGAAUGGGGUUACGCCUUUGAUGUCCACUUAAAUGGAUUUUUUCCAGCUUUGUGCAUUUUGCACUUGUUGCAACUACCCUUCUUGUACAUGAUUUUGAAAAAUUGGUUUAUCGGAAGAUUAUUGGGCAAUACGUUCUGGCUUGCAAGUUUUAUUUAUUACACUUACAUCACGUUCUUGGGUUACCGGGGUGAGUACUGUUGACUUUUUGGGUAUUGUUCUUACCACUAUUGUAUCUGAAUACUUUGGUUUCACGUAUUUUGUAUAUGAAAACAGAUAUCAAUGAACAGCCUUUAUAAUACGUAAUAUUAACUGAUUGUAGCCUUGACAAUGUUCAAUUAUACAAAAAGUACUUAUAUCUUGGAAGUGUAAUAAAAAGACUUAUUCAGUUGGUCAGUUUUAAUUCUUUUUGGAAAACUGAUAUGUUAAGGUUUUUGUAUAUUUUACUCAAGGAUUCGCCCUUUACCUGCAAACAGUACGAAGUAUUAAUAUAAUCAAAGCACACUUUUCUUAGGCUUUUUGCUAAGGUGGAUUAGCGAUCGUCCCCGUGUUACUAUGAUGUACUUCUCUGUCAUUUACAUGCAAAUUUAGGUGAUUGGAGGUAAUCGGCAGGAAGCCUUGGAGCCAAGUUUCGUGCUUGUUGGCCUUGUCAGUAGGGUGUAUCCACAACCCUGAAGAAAUUCAUGUCCCAUCCGAGAUUCGAAUGCAUGUCACCUGAUUUUGCAGUCCGAGACGUUACUAUAUUGGAAGCUUAACUGACAGAAUUCAGUCUGCACCAAAUAAAGGACUAGAUGUAUUACAUUGGUUGCUAUUAUUCAUUUUACUCCUUUACAAUCCUAUUGGAACACAGGGCUCCAAGCUAGAUCUUGGAAGUUUCGGUAGCAGUAGGUUUUUUACUUUUACAGGUUGGGUUUGCUAGUCUCACACCCAACCUUCCCUCUUAACUGGUCUUAUUAUCGGUUUAUCGAGGUAAAGGAGUGCAUCGGUCGGGGAUCGAGUCGUGGACCACAUGCAUGGUUGGCGAACAUCCUACUGCUGAACCAUUGAUGCACUACUUACUGACUAGUACCCGGUCAAAAGUACGUAUGAAUUUAAAGUGCAUUUAGAUGAGUACAUAACCACGUCCAUUUAAAAAGAAUUACAAGUAGUUAUACAUACAAAACUAGGUUGAAUGUCUACAAAAUUUCAAGCACGGGUAUAUGAAAAAGCUCUAGGUUUUAUUGGACGUUAUCCCGACACCAUUGAUCUGAUCGAGUUUUGCAUAUAUUGAUUUUUUGAGUAAACCAACUUCACUCUAGCCAUAUGCCUUUCUUUCACUAAUAAUUUUACGUAUGUCCGUUUCUUUUACACACUCAUUUGUUUCUUAAUUAAGACGCUACAUUGGUUGUCACUUGUUGAAUCUCUUACAGUCUACACAGUUAGUUACAAAUAGAUAGUCACGAUAUUUCAUUACUUGCCAUUUAGUUAAAACUCAAUUACCACACCUGGUUCUGUUCUAUAAAAAUAUUGAUUUCCUUCAUGUCUUGAAUACUCUGAAGCAGAUGUAAUUAGCUCUUAACAGAAACUGAUGUCUGUAUACGUAUAUGCUGUUAAAGUGGGAAAUAUUUUUCAAGUUGGGUGGAUGUCGAGGUAAUUUAGUGCGGACAAGUAAUAAUGAAGCAAUAGGUAAAAACUCCGCAAUGAAAACACGAUAUUUACACUAAAUAAGCACAAUCGAGAUAAGGGCACUUGAAUACAGACGCUCUUCUGAACACCUUGAGCAGCAAUCUUCGUAUGUUUGGCAUGCGAUUCGCCCCUGGAAAAUGCAAGAUGCUGCUACAGGACUGGACUACGUCAACUCCUAGCUUAGUGAUAGGGAGUGAAGUGAUAGAACAUGUUGACCACUUCACCUAAUUGGGAAGUUGUAUUAGCACCAACGGACUGAUUGGCGACGAAAUCUCAGCACGGAUCCAAAAAGCUCGAGCUGCUUUCGCUGACUUACACCAUCCGGCUAUCAACCAAGGAACGUGUGUACUGCUCAGCAGUUCGCUCCGCCCUUCUCUAUGGCUCUGAAACAUGGACAAUACGAGUUGAAGACAUCAAAAGGUUGACUGUUUUUGAUCAUAGAUGUCUACGAUCUCUUUCUCACGUUAGCUGGUAUAAUAAGGUAAGUAAUGUUGACGUUAGGCGUAGAGUGUUGAGCAAGGAGGGAAAAUCAAUCGACGAGGCUAUAAAGUUACAUAGAUUGAAAUGGCUAGGUGACGUGCUGCGCAUGCCUAACCAUCGCCUCCCCCGACGGGCAUUACUAGCUGAUAUAGGUGCAGGUUGGAAAAGAGUAAGUGGUGGCCAAACAAAACAUGGCAUCAGUCCAUGAAAUCCUUGACAGUUAAACUGAGUCGGUCAGGUAGGGAGAUGCAGACUUCCGGGUUGGGGCCCUCGGGAUUCUAGGAAUCAAUGGCUGGAGACAAUAGGUGUCAUGGCUCAAAAUCGUUGUCAAUGGCGCAGAUGUAUUCAGUCUCUGUAAUCUUUCAUACUCCUUUCUACCAUUACCCAUUCCGUUUCACUCUUAUACUUGUCAAACUCUGUUGAUUCACUUCAUUCAUCUUCUUGUCCACCUUUGUGUGCUAUUUGGAACGUGGCAACUCGAACUGCUGCACUUCGGUGCCAAGUUCUAUGUUGAAUCCAGACAAACUAUAGACGCUUCAAGCAGAUGUCUCAACUGAUCGAAUAAUUUGCACACGUGUAUUCAUUUGAUUGUGUUCCUUUAUUGUUAGGCAAUGAAAAAUAAAGUGAUGAUAUAACUGAACGAUGAAGUAAUAAUCUCUCGGUUCAAUUUAACCGCUUAGAUAGACUGAUAUAAUUGUAAGCAUAUACUCUCACACUUUGAACGUUGAUCACUACAUCUUUUAAAAUAAUAUAACACACAAUAUGCAGAUGUUCUUGUAUAUUUUCUCUUCAAUUUUUAGCUCUACCUUUCCUCAAACGUACAACAGUUUUGCUAUGGCCGAUAACAGCUGCAAUUGUGAUUUAUAUUGUAUCCCUUAUCAUGAAUUGGAAUUUCACGCUCUUCUUAUGCCAUUUUUAUCAAUUCCGGUUGUUUUAAUCAAUGAAUAAAUUGAACACCACUAUAACUACCUUUGCUGUGAUCCAGUUUUGCAGAAGAAAAGACAAAACAAAACUGUUUUACUUUUGCACAAAAAUUCAUUUUAAUUCAGUUUUUUUUUCUGUUACGUUGUAAAUAUCUAAGUAACUAAAAAAAGAAGAGUUUCUAUUACAGUUGUUUAACUCUGU